UCUCCCUCUCUCUCUCUCGCUCUCGCCAUGGCUCCUCCCAUUUUCGCCCUCGCCCCUUCUCAUCUCUCCUCCUCUCCUCCUCCCCUACCCCACCAUCUCCUCCGCGCCACCGUCGGAACCCUAGCCGAGUCCGCCGCUGAGCGCCGCGGCGGCGGCGGCGGCGGCGGCGGAGGAGGAAACCCCGUCCACCUCCCCCCGCCCAUCGAGUCCCUCCGCCGCGGCGACUGGGUCAAGCUCAUCUGCGGCGCCAGCUUCGAGGUUACAGUGCCUAAAACCCUAGUUUCCCUGACCCCCAAACCCCCAAUCCCCGAUCAAAAUCGCGUCUCUGGCGAUGCCCUAGAAAGAAUUCGCCAUUCUCCUCCUCACCUCGUUGGCUUGUUCGUUCCCUUUCCAGGAUGCGGCGGAUGUGAGGAAUCUUUCCCUCGUCUACACUCUCGCCGGAGGUUUGAAACUUUUGCAAUGAUAUCAGUGGAUUGCAUUGAUUGCGCGGCCGAUGAGUCUGUGGUUAAUGCUGUGAAUGAGGGGAUCAAUGUGGCGUUGUCGAUAGCAAGGGUUCGGAGGCCGUGGGUGAUGAUUAGCGUCAAUGAUGAUCGAGAAGACCUCCACUUCCGUAAAGCUGAAUUCGAUCCUGAGGAUUGCCCGGGCGAUUGUUUGAGGCCGUGUGAAAAGGUCUGCCCUGCUGAUGCAAUAUUACUAGAGAGUUCGUCAAAGGGGAACAAGUCUCUACAAAGUGAUUCCUCAUGUGAUAAAAUUAAGAGCGGAGUGAUAACAGAACGAUGCUACGGGUGUGGUCGGUGCUUGUCCAUUUGUCCUUAUGACAAAAUAAGAGCUGUGACUUAUGUUAGGGAUCCUUCUUUGACAUCUCAUCUUUUAAGUAGAGAUGAUGUGGAUGCGAUAGAAAUACAUACGAGUGGGAGGGGCACUGAUUUGUUCAGUGAUUUAUGGAGUAGCUUGGGUGAUUCACUUGACCAUGUGAAAUUAAUUGCAGUUAGUUUGCCUGAUGUUGGUCCAUCAACAGUUGCUGUGAUGAAUGCUAUAUGCUCAAUUAUGGAGUCUCACCCUUGUAGGUACAAUCUGUGGCAGUUAGAUGGCCGGCCAAUGAGCGGCGACAUCGGUCGAGGUGCGACAAGAGAAGCGAUUGCUUUUGCAGUUCGUUUGGCUUCUACACAGGAUAAGCCUCAUGGGUUUUAUCAGGUGGCUGGUGGGACCAACUCUCACACUAUAGAUUGCCUAAAGAAAGUGGGUCUGUUCCAAGCAGUGAACUUUCCUGAACGAUCUUCGGAGACGAGUGGUGCAGCCAAAUUGGAUGGUUCUAAGCAAGCUUUGAUUGGCGGGAUAGCCUACGGUGGUUAUGCUCGAAAGCAAAUUGACACUUCGAAAAAUUUACUGUUGUCGAAAGCUGAAAUGUACUUUACGACCCGCGAACAUAAGCUCCAAUCCAAGAUCGUAGGAAGGGUUCUUCGCAAGAUUCCGACACAACAUGGCCACGCGCGCAUCGAGGAUCACCUGGAGUUCCUUUUGGAGGCUCUGAAAGAAGCCUCCUCAUUGUUGGGGCCUGUUAAGUGCUACGACGAAUAUCUGACCUGAGAGCCAUUUUUGUCUGAUGUUCUUUGAGGACUUUUUUAUAAAAUGAUUCUCCAAAAAUUUGCAAUUUGUAAAAUGAUUUUGUCAAAAUUUUAUUUGGAAAAGUAACCCUCCUUUCGCCAUGCGGGCGUUACGUUAGAAUUUUCUUCUAGUAAGGCUGUGAACGAUUAACCGACUUUGUAAUAUAUAUUGUGAAAGCAAUGAAUGGUUCAUCACCGCCUUUAGUGCAAAUUUUCGAAAA